AUGUUUCAGACUUCUGAAUGUGGUACAAAAAGGAGAACAUCAUCUGAAAACAAUGAGCCCUGUGAAAAGAAGACCAAGGCACUACAGAGUACAUUGGAAGACAUCUGUACCCCGCUGAAGACUCUGGAUAAAAAAGAACCUCAGAAGUGUGAAAAGCCCCGCAUAUGUUUGCAAACUCUAGACAGACUGAGAGAAUUCUCCAGCGAUUCAGACCAGCUCUGUAACAGAGUCCGAGAGGAUAGUUUUCGGGAGAAACAAUCUCUGGUUUUGGAAAAAUGCCCCAGUAUUAUCGGAAGAAGUCCAGAAGUGAAAAGCCCUCUUCAGUCUUGGGAUGUUAGCCCAAAGGCUGCUCAGAAGGAGGAGUCACGCUGUGAUCUUAGUCAGUUUUCUGCACCUCUUAAGAACUAUGAAAAUACUCAGAAUACUUCAGAAGUAAAUCUUAAUAAGAGAACCAAGAGCAUUUACACUCCACUAGAACUUCAGUUCAUAGAAAUGAAGAAACAGUAUAAAGAUGCUAUUUUGUGUGUGGAAUGUGGAUACAAAUAUCGCUUCUUUGGAGAAGAUGCAGAGAUUGCAGCUAGAGAACUAAACAUUUACUGUCAUCCAGAUCAUAACUUUAUGACUGCCAGCAUACCAAGCCACAGGCUGUUUGUCCAUGUGCGGAGACUUGUAGCCAAAGGAUACAAGGUUGGAGUAAUAAAACAAAUGGAAACUGCAGCCCUGAAAGCUGCUGGAGAAAACAAAAGUUCUCUCUUCAGCCGGAAACUGACUGCUCUCUAUACGAAAUCCACGCUCAUUGGGGAAGAUGUGAACCCUUUGCUACAGCUAGACGAUUCUGUAGAUGUUGAAGAGGUGACAACAACAGAUGUCCCUGAUAACUACCUUCUCUGCUUCUGUGAAAAUGGAGAAAACUUAAAAGCCGGGAAGAAAGGUGACGUUGUUAUAGGCAUUAUGGCAGUCCAACCAACUACUGGAGAAGUCAUUUUUGACAGUUUUCGGGACUGUGCAUCUCGCUUAGAAUUAGAAAGUCGGGUUUUGCGCCUGCAGCCAGUUGAACUAAUACUUCCAUCCAGCUUGUCAGAUCAAUCUGAAAAGCUCGUCAACAGCAUAACCUCUAUGAGAUUACGAGAUGACAGAAUUAGAAUAGAAAGGAUGGAAAACCACCAUUUUGAAUACAGCCAUGCUUUUCAGCUGAUUACUGAUUUUUAUGCAAGAGAAAUGCCUGAGACAACAGGUCCUCAAAAACUAUCUGUAAUAUUAAGCUUGGAUAAGCCUGUUGUUUGCUCUCUGGCAGCAGUAAUUACAUACCUCAAAGAGUUUAAUUUGGAAAAGAUCCUUUACAAUCCAAGUAAUUUCAAACAGUUGUCAAGUGAAACUGAAUACAUGACAAUUAAUGCGACAACAAUGAAAAAUCUUGAGAUUUUACAGAAUCAGACUGAUAAGAAAACAAAAGGAAGCCUACUCUGGGUCUUGAAUCAUACUAAAACUUCCUUUGGACGUCGGAGACUGAAGAAAUGGGUAACCCAGCCUCUUAUGAAAUGCAGUGACAUAAAUGCCCGUCUUGAUGCUGUGUCUGAAAUUCUCCUGUCGGAAUCCAGUGUGUUUGGUCAGAUUCAGAAUCUUCUUUGUAAGCUGCCAGAUAUAGAGAGAGGACUCUGCAGUGUUUUUCACAAAAAGUGUUCAACACAAGAGUUCUUCUUGAUAGUGAGCACCCUGUCUCGUUUGGAAUUGGAAAUUCAAGCUCUUGUUCCAGCCAUACAUUCUCAUGUGAAAAGUCCUCUUUUGCAAAACACACUGUUGGAAAUUCCAGAACUUCUCACCCCAGUAAAACAUUAUUUAAAGAUACUUAAUGAAGAAGCAGCCAAGUCUGGAGAUAAAACUCAGCUGUUCAAAGACCUUACAGAUUUCCCUGUGAUCCGAAAGAAAAAGGAGGAAAUUUUGGAUGUGCUGUCUAAAAUCCAAUCACAUCUGCUGGAAAUCCGUAAACAGAUAAAAAAUCCUUCUGCAGAGUAUGUUACAGUUUCUGGUCAAGAGUUUUUGGUAGAAGUCAAAAAUUCCCUUAAAUCUUCUGUGCCAUCUACCUGGGUUAUGAUUAGUAGCACAAAAGCUAUCAGCCAUUUCCACUCUCCUUUUAUUAUAGAAAAUUACAGACAUCUGAAUCAGCUCCGGGAGCAGCUAGUCCUUGACUGCAAUGCUGAAUGGCUAAAUUUUCUAGACCAUUUCAGUGAACAUUAUCACCCUGUGUCUAAAGCCAUUGGUCACCUAGCAACUAUUGACUGUCUCUUCUCCUUGGCCCAGGUGGCUAAGCAAGGAGACUACUGCAGACCAGCUGUGCAAGAUACUAGGAGAGAAAUUAUCAUAAAAAAUGGCAGGCACCCUGUGAUUGAUGUACUACUGGGAGAACAGGAUCAGUAUGUUCCAAACACCACUAACCUUUCAGGAGAUGGUGAAAGGGUCAUGAUAAUAACUGGACCGAACAUGGGAGGUAAGAGCUCCUAUAUAAAGCAAGUUGCGCUGAUCACAGUCAUGGCACAGAUCGGUUCCUUCGUUCCUGCAGAGGAGGCAGCGAUUGGGGUCGUGGAUGGUAUUUUUACCAGAAUGGGUGCAGCAGACAACAUUUACAAAGGCCGAAGUACUUUCAUGGAGGAACUGACGGAUACUGCUGAGAUAAUAAAAAAAGCAACCUCAAGAUCACUAGUAAUUUUGGAUGAACUGGGAAGAGGAACUAGCACUCAUGAUGGAAUUGCUAUUGCUUAUGCUACACUUGAGCAUUUUAUUAAGGAUGUGGAAUCACUGACGCUGUUUGUCACUCACUAUCCCUCAGUCUGUGAGUUGGAAAAGGUGUAUCCAGAAAAAGUUGGCAAUUACCACAUGGCUUUCCUGGUGAAUGAGGAGGAAAGUGGUGAACACAAAGGAUCUGAACUUGAAGAGAAGCCUGAAUUUAUCACUUUUCUUUAUCAAAUAACCAAAGGAGUCAGUGCAAGAAGUUAUGGGCUAAAUGUUGCCAAACUAGCAGAUGUUCCUGAAGAAAUCUUGAAGAAGGCAGCUCACAAAUCAAAAGAGUUGGAGGAGUUAGUGAAUAUGAAAAGAAAAAAGCUUAAGUCUUUUGCCGACGUAUGGAAGAUAAAUGAUUCUCAGGAAUUAGAGAAAUGGAUAAGUGGGUAUGAACCUGAAGAUGAAAGAAAGGACAAUUUUUAA